UACUAUCAAAUAAAGAUGACAAUAUAGAAGAUGAUGUUAGUUCUGAUAAAGGUGAUAAUAAGGUUGAUCAAGAAAAUAUUAAUAAAGAAAUUAAUAAGGAAGAAAAUAAUUCAACUGAAUCUGAAAGCUUAGAUGAUAAAGAGCCUGACAAAAUUGCUGAGAAGUUUGAUGAAAAUAUAGAAGAGCCUGAUACUGUACAAAGAAUUCUAUUUAUAAACUUUUUUGAAAAUGUUUGUAUUCACUGUGGGUGCUUGGAUGUUUCUAAAUCAGCAAAUGAGUAUCCACAUUGUAAUGAUUGUGAGAGUAACCUUGCUAAUUCAAAAAAUUUUUCAAGACAGUCUAAAGAUAUUAAAAACAACUGA